AUGAAGGUGAUCAAAAGGCGGCGCUCGAUCAAGUCCUGUAGAUAUUGCUACGAACAUAAGCUUCGGUGCAAUAAAGGCCAUCCAUGCAAUAACUGCGAGAAGCAUGAAACUUUAGAUCUCUGCGAGUAUGGGUUUGAUCGGGCAAACUUGAUCUCUGAUAUACCCCGCCAGCCUCCGCUGAAGAGACUGAAAAGUUUGGGCCAAAAUGUAGCUUCAAAGCCUCAAGUUCAUCGUAAACCUGAUCCCUACUACCCUUACCUAAUAGAGGCUCAGGAAGCCAGCUUGCUGGCGGAACGCAGUCGAAGUGAUGGCUUUAGCUCAAACGACGAUGAGUUCAAUAGAAACGCCAUAACAGAAUUUAAUAGGCAAGGAGAAAUGUGGGUGUCCACUGAUGAAAUACAGGGCAUGAUCCCAGAAAGUAAAGCGUCCAUGAAUCUCUUAGUGGAUACGUAUUUUUACCGUAUAAACCCAAUAAUUCCACUUUUAGAUCGAGACGCAGUGCUUCAGCAGAUCAGGAGUAUUUAUGAUACGUUACAGAAUGGCCAGAAGGUAGAUACAGUCGACUUGAUUAUUAUGUUCACGAUUUUGUUUACAGUUGCCUACUCUCAUGUUGCAGAGGGACAAAUACCCGAUCUCUUACUCUGCAACAACUACUAUGCAGCUUUCCAGACACUUCUUCGUGACUCUAUCUUUCCUUACAAAGCCUCAAUAUCAUGUAUUCAGGGCUUGGUGAUUGUGAACUUCGUGCUGGAUCCUAACAUGGUCGGGACACUUGCUCUGUCAGCAAUUUUGCUCCGUCAGGCUCAACAGCUUGGAAUUGAUAGAGAACUCAAUAACCGUUCGAAAGGAAGUAUGCGUAUCUACCAUCAAGUGCUUUGGCAUUAUCUGUUAUAUUUUGAAGGUUCAUCGUCAGUAGUUGCUGGACUCGAGUUCAUGCACUCAGAACAAGCUUUUGUUGCCAUAGAUUUGCCGCUUGUUGAUGACAGUCCAGCCCCAUCACAUUUAGCUUUCGCUAAUGGUCGAUUUCUGAUAAACCAGGUCUUUCGAAAGAUAAUGCACUAUAAGGACGCUGAAAUCAUACCGAUUGAAAAUUCGUUAGAAGAGGUUACCGAACAAUUUCAACGCUUGAAUGAGCAGGUGGAGGAUCUAUGUGUCAAAAUCGAGCAAUUGAGCAAGGAUCAAGCAAGGUAUUUUGUCAGCACUUUGCGCAUCUUCCUGUUAAGAGCCUACUUGAGAUUCAAAGCCCUCUUUCCGUCAACUGUCAAACAAUCAGAAAAAAACCCACUUAAAGAACGUUUGGAUUGUCGUCCACCAGCUAUCGUAGAUAACCUAAUCACAAAUGGAUCUCCCAUGAGCAAAGAUAUUGUUGAACUUUCAAUUCUGCUUUUGUUCUACACUGUUCGACGCCUAACCGUAGGCGGCUGCUCGAGGUAUGCCUGGUAUACCAGGGGUUCUACAGUUAUGCAGUAUCUUUUUAUUCUCUUGAAAGAUAUUCACCGGAAUCCUACACGAGACUACUACCUUUCGACAUCUGAUGCAUUCCCUGUGUGUAUAUCUGAGGAUAUCUUAGAGUGCAUCAAAACAGAAAAGUCAGCUUUCAGAUUCGUCUUGAUAGAAGAAUUAAUGACGCUAAUUGAAGUGAAACUGCUGCCCAUGUGGGACGGCCAUGAUGUGAACAGGUUUCUCCUAGUGCGGUCGAUCAAAAAGAGGAUCUGGGAGAAGAAUCAGAGACAUAUUGACACACUUGCUCCAACUUUCAGCUCUUUGAAAUCCUGCAGACUAUUUACCGCAUGCCACUCGAAACUGAAGAGACUUCGCGGAAGUAGCUUCGAAGAGAGUAUAAAAGAAUGGAAUUUUGAGAGCGCCGAUUUGGAUUCCGAAAAGAUCAUGUCAUGGUUGUCCGAUAUAUAG